ACUCGAUCGAUGACGGGAAGUUAAGGCGCUUCAACUGGAGCGAGGAUAGUCGGGAAUCACAAUAAACAGGAUUGAGUCCACUAUCCCAGCAUGGGGGACAUGAAAACCCCCGAUUUCGAUGACCUGUUGGCAGCGUUUGACAUUCCUGACAUUGAUGCCAAAGAGGCUAUCCAAUCAGCCCCGGAUGAGGUGGAGGGGCAUCAAGGAGCAGGGGGAGGGUCUCUCAUAAAGUCUGGUGAGGGUUCGGUGGGGGGAAGUUCAGCCCUUAGAUCCCCCAGCCCAUCCACGGAUUCUCAGAGUGACCCUUUAAUUGUUAGCGUGAUUGUGAAGAACCGGGUUCACCCUGAGCCCUUUGAUGGUGGUGAUGGCUCAGUACCAAAACCGCUCAAUCAUAAUGGAUUUGUGUCGUCAGGUGGGUCUGGUCAUGUGUCUCAGGCCCGGUGCCAGUCUAAUGGAGAGCAGUGGCCCAUAUGCAGCUCAAAGGUAAAUUCGGAGACCCCAGGAUCUGUUCUUGGAAAUUCCAGCACCACCAAACAGGGAAGCAAUAUCUUUAAUAAGCUGAAGCCCUUGAUGACGCAAGGCGCUGGAGACUCGGUUGGAAGGGCACGAAAAAUGCAGCUUCUGCAACAGCAGCAAAUACAGCUGGAGAUGAACCUAGAAGGUGCAGAUAAGGUCAAAGCUCCUGCUAUUCCUAGUGGGGCAAGUGGAGCAGCAUCUCCUUUCAUUCCCCCACCUAAACCACUUCUUUCUACUCCCUCCACAGCUUCAUCUUCCUCGCCAUCAUCGUCCUCUCCCUCAGUUGGUUCCCGUGUUUCUGGGGCUGUGGCCUCGUCUCCUCUUGCUACAUCUCUAACAGAGCCGUUUAAUGGAACCCCACGACUUGGUUCUUUGGCAUUCGGUCACGUAGAUUCAGACGAGGAGGAUUCAGAUCCUGAUUCAGGAGGUUCACUGGUCAUCCAUGAAAGUCCAGACUCUCCCACCACUCAAAAACUGUCACAUAGGCUGAGGUCACCUCCUGAAAGUUCACAAUCUCCAUCGCUCCACCCUUCAAAGUCCAUAUCCCCACGUGCUUACCCCAAACCUGGUGAUGUUCCCCUAGCAUCACCUGCCUCACUCCGGGCUCAACAGAACCGGCUCUCCACACCAGUCCAGACAGGGACCGGAAAGAGUUUACCCCAAGAGGAGCGAAAUCCAGAGCAUGUGAUUGAAGAACGAGACUCACCAGAAAGCCCAGAACCUGAGAUGCCCAAGUCAUCCAUGCUAACGUCAGCUGUCACCAAAAGAUCUUGCAGUCCAGCAGUGGCUUCUUCAUCGCCAUCUGUUGUCCUUCGAGAACCCAAGGAGGAAGAAGAAGAGAUGGAAGUAGAUAAAGGGUCAACGGAGAAUGGACAAGAUGCGACCAAUGUGGAUGGUAAGGAUAGUGUGAAAAGGGAUGGAGAGAAAAUGGAGGUAGAUCAAGAGGGCAUCGUUGCACAGCCCAUCAUAGGGGACACCAGUGCAUCACAAAACAGUGGAGGUAAAGCUGUAGCUGGUGGAAAUGCUGCAUCAAGGCCUCUUAAAGUCCGUAUCAAGACCAUUAAGACUUCAACGGGAGGCAUUACUCGCACAGUUACUCGUGUAGCAGGCAAAGGAGGUGCUGCCAAUGCAGGCAAAGGCACAGAUGCAAGUAAAGUUCAAACAGGAAGUCGGACUGCACCUGCCAAAGGAGCCAGAAAAAAUGAUUCCACUGCGGGUCAAGUGGUAAAAUGUUCAACCCUACCAGUCUCCACUCUAGAAGCCAGUAGUGCCAUGCUAGCUGCAGCCAGCAAAGUUCAAAACAAAAUGGCUGAUAAGACCAAGGUUUCCGCCACUGCAGUUAGCAUCACAAAAGCCACCACUUUACCAGUAACACCAGCUGUUGGUGGAAUAAGUGUUCGGCCUACAGUCGGUAAAACUGCCAACGGAGGUACCGCCAACGUUCAUGUACCUUGUAAACCAGCCUCCAUCGUCAAUAGCACUGGUGCUGUUAUUUCACGUAGCCAGUCUAGCCUGGUAGAGGCUUUCAACAAGAUCUUAAAUAGUAAGAACUUGCUGCCAAGCUACCGUCCAGAUUUCUCAACUCUGCCACCCCCUGAAUGGGGUCUUCCUUUGCCUGCUGCUGGCUACCGCUGCUUGGAGUGCGGUGAUGCUUUCGCUCUGGAACGCAGCCUGGCACGACACUAUGACCGACGCUCUUUGAGAAUAGAGGUAACAUGUAAUCACUGCGCAAAGCGUCUCGCAUUCUUCAAUAAGUGCAGUCUGCUGCUGCAUGCGCGGGAGCACAAGGAGAGGGGUCUCGUCAUGCAGUGCUCACAUCUGGUUAUGAGACCAGUCACAGUGGAACAGAUGAUUGGCCAACAAGACACUACUCCUAUUGGUGUGCUCUCUCCCUCGCUGUCCUCUCCACCUCUGUCAUCCUCCACCACUACAACAGGGACAACUGCUGUACCGUCCACUUCUAGUCCACUAAAGGACUCCUCCUCUCCAGGCACGGCUUCCUCUCAGCCAAGCCCUGCACGCCGUGGGCCCCAGAGUCCUCAGGCUCUAAUGCCUCUACCCUGCAAGAAAGGCGAGGUCCUCCAUUACAACAACUUCAAGUGUCCUGAAUGCCAAACCCAGUUUAUAAGCAAGACUGAAUUAGUGACCCAUUUCCAGCAAAUCAGAGCUACUCCUAACUCGACUUGUACGCUUUGCUCCCCCCCCAUGAUGCUGCCUAAUUGGUGCAGUGUGUCGGCCCAUCAGCGGAUCCAUAAGCAUCGAGCUCCCCAUGUGUGCCCAGAGUGUGGUGGCACUGCCCGCCAAGCCACCUUUCAAACCCAUCUUGAAGAGGCCUGCCUGCACUUUGCCAGGCGCAUCGGCUACAGAUGCUCAAGUUGUCAGGUUGUGUUUGGAGGUCUGAAUUCUAUCAAGUCUCACAUUCAGACAGCACAUUGUGAGGUGUUCCAUAAGUGUCCCAAUUGCCCGAUGGCUUUCAAAUCUGCCCAGAGCGCCCAGGGGCACAUCACCUCCCAGCAUCCCACCCUCGCAGCUGCACAGGCCAAGAUGAUCCACAAGUGUGUCAUGUGUGACACUGUGUUUACCCAGAAGCCUUUGCUGUACAUGCAUUUUGACACUCACUUGGCUAAACAAAAGGUGCAUGUGUUCAAAUGUCCGGACUGCACCAAACUUUAUGCCCAAAAAGGAUCCAUGAUGGAACACAUAAAGACUGCUCAUAGAGGCCUGACAGUCAAAGCAGAAACCCCGCCCACCUCAUCUCCUGCCUCCACCCCUGCCAGCAACUCCACCUCUAAACCCAAACCAGCAGAAAACAAUUCAGAUGAAUUAAGCCAGGGACAUGGUGAGGAAGAGGAGGGGGAAGAGGAGGAAGGAAAACAGGAAGGGGAAGAGAAGGAAGAGGAAGAAGAUGAGGAAGAAAAUGAGGAGGAAGAGCAGCCUAGCUCGCCAGAGAGUGAGAGUAUGGAGUGGAGGUGCAGGGAAUGUAAGAAACGCUUUGCAGAGAAAGAGGAUUACAUCGGCCACAUGAAGAAUGAGCAUGGCACGGUAAUUAAGAAGUUCCCCUGCAGAUUGUGUGAGCGUUCAUUCAGUUCAGCCAACAGCCUGCGUCGACAUGUUCGUGUAAUACAUGAGGGGGUAAAGAGAGUCUUUCACUGCCCGCACUGUUCAGAGGGUAAGCGAACGUUCAGUAGUCGUCUGAUUUUGGAAAAGCACAUUCGGGUCAGACAUGGCAUCAGAACUCGGCAGCCAUCAGAAAGACAGAGCGGUCCAAACACCAGAAAGCGUUCACUUCCAGGUGAGGGGGCGGGCAGUUCAUCUGAGCUUGACAACGAGGGUGGAGCUCCCUCUGUUGGGGGCGGAACCGAUGCUGAUGAAAUUGCGGGAGAGGACUCAUCGGGUCCGGCAAAGAGAACUCGAGCAUCUGAGAACCGACUGGUCGAGCAAGAGGAGGAUGACGGCACAUUCCGCUGCACACCCUGUGGCUUCACCACCCAGGAUUGGGAGGAGUUUCAGCGCCACAUUCCCGUCCACUGUGAUGCGGAAAAUGCAUCACAACAGUGCCUGCAGUGUGGAGCCUGCUUCGCCUCGGCCGGCUCCCUCAGUCGCCACAAAUUCAUCACACACCACUUACGCCAAGGACAGUAUGACAAUCGUGGCGGGAAUGCAUCUCCUAGUGCGUCACCACAGGACGGCUCACCCUCCUCACCUAAAGUGGGCGAGGAGGGGGAGGGAGGGGUCAGCUGCAGAGUGUGCGGUCGACGCUACGACAAAGCCUCGGACCUUAACACACACUUCCGCACACAUGGCAUGGCCUUUAUCGCAGCACACAGGACCGACAAACCCUUGUAGAAAGACAAAGACAGGAAAAAUGGCAAAGACAUUGGAAACAGGACAAGGCUUUGGACCAUCUAAUGCAAAGAAUUUCAGAUUAAAGGGGUGGUUCACCCAAAAAUGGAAAUUAUGUCAUCAUUUACUCGGCCUCAUGUUGUUCCAAACCUGUGUUGAGAUGUUAUGCAAAAUGACUGUCUCAGUCACCAUUUACUUUUAUUGUAUGGAAAAAAGAUGCAGAAACACUUCCAUUUCAUUCUAUGGAAGAAAGUAAUUCAUACAGUUUUGGAACAAUACGAGGGUGAGUAAAUGAUGACAGAAUUUUCAUUCUUGGGUGAACUCUCUCUUUAAUUAAUCAAAUUUGAAAUAUUUGAACUGUCUUUAUGAUUGUAACGUUAAUAAGAUUCUCAUUUGUCUUCCGAAAAAUACAAAGUUACUAAAGUUAAUUUCCCCCCCUUUUCUCCAUUCACGCCCUCUUUCCGAAAUCCCUCUGCCAUUAUUUCCACCUUAAUAUUUACACGUCAAAUUGUAUCUCAGACAGGGUUUGUGCCGUUCAGCCUCUGCUGGUUUUUGUUUAGCUGAGCUUGAAUCCACAAAAGCAUUACAGCAAAAAGCAAGGUGCUAAUGAAGGUUUUUUUAACAAAUAAAAAGAAAAACACUGAAUUUAAAUGUAACUAUAUUGUACAGACAUUGUAGUACUGAUAUUUAUUUAUACAAAGCAUUCAUCAGUCUUUUGAUAAUCAUUGAUAACAAAAAAAAAACAGUGUUUGGAAAAAGGUGUUGUUUGUGCGAGGAGAUAUGAUAUUUGAGGUCAGAGGUUAUUGAUGGAUUGUAAAGUUUAAAUAGUCAGGAAAGGUCAAUAUAAGCAAACAUAAGAACACAUUUCAAUCACAAAUACACAUAGGCACAUUUCAUAUGUGUAUAAAUGCAAUUAAAGUUGGUAUGUUUGUUGCAUUUGAAAAUGUGUAUAAGUUCAGUGUUUGUAUUUGCAUUUUUUCCUUAGCUGAAUUGUCAACAUUGAAAUACUGAUAGUGGAUGUUUUUGUUUGGACAAGGAGCUUGAUGUAUUUUUAGACUUUGAGUGUGAAGGAUUGCUUGUGUCUUUUAUUAUGAAUUAUGUACAAAUAUGAAUGUUGUUUGUGUUUUUUUCCAUUGAUAAGAGUCUUUAUCAAAAAAAUGUAUGUAAAACCACAUUUCUUAAUAAUAAUAUUGUGGUCAUGUGGAUCAUUCGUUUGAGUGAAUUCUAUCCUUCCAGUAAUAUAUGUCCCAUACAUAGACAGUAUAUAGAUAUCCAUCUUAUUCGGUGAUGAACUGCCUGUUUCACUGCCGUACAUUCUGUGUCAGUUCUGUUGUUUUUUUUUUGUUUGUUUGUUUUUUUUAAAUAAAACAGUAAAUUGGUACAGUACAUAUAUUGGUGUCCUUAUUGUUCAAUUGAGUUCACAAGUCGAAGAAUGCAAAGCCCUGAUGUAUGUUGGGAACACAAACACUCGCAAAAUGUUAAGAAUAACAGUUGCAAAAUACAAUACAAUUACUGCCAAAUAUCUGUAUAAAAGUGGUGUUUUGAAACUUUUUACCUACCUGUUUCUUACACAUUUAAUCAAUGUUGCUUUUUGUGCAUGACUAAAGAUUUGUUGUCAAAAACUUAAUAUAACUAGGUUGGACAACUUUUAUGUUGCAUUAAAUACUUGUCAACGCUGAAUAACAGAUAGUCCAAAGUCAGAACUCUUAUUUCUAUAUGUCUGAAUUGAGUACAUAUUUUGAUUUGACUUAAUAUAUAAGUUCAUAACUAAUUAAAUGUAAAAAGUCCUUUUUUUUCUGCCAAAUGUGUAGGAUUCUAAAGCAAUUAUACUGUAUUAUGCUAAGCAGUGCUCUUUCUUAAGACAUCAGUGACAACGUUUACAAGUUUACAUCAGUGACAAUUUACAAAGAGAUUGCUGAUACAGUGCUGUGAAAUGAUUUCUGUUUCCUGAUUUCUUCUGUUUUUGUGUACAUAUACUAAAUUGUUUAAAAACGUAUAAC